AUGAUAGUAUUCAUUUUCCUGGCUGCAAGGCUAAGCUCAGAAAAUGAACCCUCUUCCCAGACAAUUGACUGUGAACAUUUAAUGCAGCAAUGCUUGAUUGAUACAAAUGGCUGUGAGCAGGCAUGGAGAUCAGUGGAAGACACCUGCACUGUUCCAGGUGACUCCUGCAAGAUAAAUAAUUCAUCACAUUGUAAACUGAGUGUCCAGUCUUUGGUGGAAAAAUAUUUCCAGUUUAAAGAGUGUCUUUGUAUUGAUGACCUCCACUGUACAGUGAACAAACUUUUUGGAAAAAAAUGCAUCAAUCAGACAGAUAACCUGAAAAAGGAUAAUAAAUUCAAAUGGGAUCUGACUACUUUACAUCACGGAUUCAGACAGAUGCAGUCUUGUUUGGAAGUGACAGAGGCAUGCGUAGGGGAUGUGGUUUGUAAUGCACAAUUGGCCCUUUACCUUAAAGCAUGCUCAGCAAAUGGAAAUCUGUGCGAUGUGAAACACUGCCAAGCAGCCAUACGGUUCUUCUAUCAAAAUAUGCCUUUUAACACUGCCCAGAUGUUGGCUUUUUGUGACUGUGCUCAAUCUGAUAUACCCUGUCAGCAGUCCAAAGAAACUCUUCACAGCAAGCCAUGUGCACUGAACGUAGUUCCACCCCCCACUUGCCUCAGUGUAAUUCACACUUGCCGAAAUGAUGAAUUAUGCAGAACACGCUAUCAAACAUUCCAGUCAGAAUGCUGGUUCCAUGUGAUGGGAAAGUGCCAUGAGGAUGAGACCUGCAUCGGCACAUUAGGCAAGCAAGACCUUAUUUGUUCUGGUAGUGAUAGCUGCAGGGCUGCCUACCUGGGAACCUUUGGGACAGUCCUCCAAGUGCCAUGUGCUUGCAGGAGUAUCACACAGGAUGAAGAACCUUUGUGCAUGACUUUCCAGCACAUGCUUCAGAGCAAAUCGUGUUUCAAUUAUCCAACUCCAAAUGUCAAAGACAUUUCCUCAUAUAAAGGGAAGCAUUCAAAGGAAAUUACUCUGACUGGGUUCGAGUCUCCCUUCAAUGGAGAACUAGUCUAUGCUGUCCUGUGCAUGGUAGUUACCUGUGGAAUUCUUUUCUUGGUGAUGCUCAAACUGAGGAUAUCAAGUAAAAAAAGAGAUCCUUCAUCUAUUGAAAUAGCUGUAGGUGUCAUCACUCAGUGA